UCGAGCCAGGAGAACCUGGCGGAUGAACAAUCGCCAACACCUGUACUUUACUGGGAGAAUGGCAAGCCGACUGCUAAUGGUCCUGGACGUUCAUGUCUGUGUGGUCGGGAAGGAGUCUGUGGAGGUUCUGAUUCUUCAAGGGGACAAAGAACCAGGCUGUGUAACUGUGACGCAAGGGACAACAAAACUAAAUCAGACGCUGGGAUCAUCGACAACAAGGAUUUACUUCCCUUGGAUAAGAUCGUCAUUGGAGAGAAUGUACCCUAUGAAGGAGUAAUCAUCACUGUUAGCGAUCUGUACUGUGCCCAGAAACCAUUGCAUGAUAAUGAGUGCGCUGGCUGGAACUCCUGUCCUCAUACGGCCACCUGUGUUAACACACCUGGAAGCUACUACUGUACCUGCAAUUCGGGAUACCUGCAGACAGGACCAACAUCGUGCCAAGAUAUCAAUGAGUGUGCUAACUCAAACCUCAGCAACUGUGACACCAAUGCUCACUGCGAGAACCUAGAUGGCGCCUACAGGUGUAUUUGUAAUCGCGGAUUCCAAGGAGAUGGACAUAGCUGUGCUCCUGUUGGCGAGUGUUUCUGUUUUGGAGACACUCACUGUCGCACAUAUGAUGGUCGGUGGUUGGAUGUUCAAGGUAUCAAUGAGUAUGUUCUUUCUCAAGAUGGCUGCUCUCCGGGAGAACCUCGCAGUUUCAGAAUUACUAUACAGACCUGGAAGAAGGGCGGCACCAGGCCUGGUCAUUACUCCUAUAUUAGGUCUGUACUCAUUUACAGUUCAAAGGUCAUACGGCUAGAUCAAGGUGGGCAGAUCAUCGUUGAUGGCUCCAGGGUCAGAUAUUACAAGGAGAAAAAUUACUUGACCAUCCAAAAAGUCAGAGGGAAUAUUGAAGUGAAAACCUUGUUUGGACUCGGGGUGUUAUGGGAUGGGGAAAGUAUUGUAAAAGUGUUAAUACCAAAAACGUUCAGCAAUUCGCCGUGUGGCUUAUGUGGCAACUACAAUGAUAAAUUUGAAGAUGACACUGUGUGCGGACCUGGUUGCCCGCCGACUGCUGGGAAUCUGACAAAGAAUGAGGCAUUAUUCAGUGAGUCUUGGAUCGCGAGCAAGAACACUGGACCCAUCAACUGCAGCCCUGACCAGCCGCAGCAGGUGGACGAUCUCUGCUUCUAUCCUCGGCGUUUUGUGCAGGCUGAAAUCAAUGCUCUCAUGAGCACAAAAACGUCCGUGUUUCAGGAAUGCCUGAAGCAGAAGAAACCAGACCACCUGAGAAAACUGAGAGAAAAGUUUGAGUACGAUUUAUGCCACGCAGAGAAAGAUUUGGACAAGGAAAUUUGCAGAGUCGCUGAGAUUCUGGCAUGGGAUUGUUUGGAAAAUGAGGAAAUCCCUAUCAGCGGUUGGGCGUCUCGUAUCAGGGCUUGUGAAGAAAAACCAAGAUGCCCAAACAACAUGGUCCACAGAACGUCACCCAAUGCCACAUUCCCAGUUCGAACUUGUGACAACGAAACCGAGAAUGUUGACGAGAGCCAAGAAUGUUUCUGCCAACAAGGGCAAGUCUUGGAAGGCGACAGGUGCAUCAAGCCCGAGCAGUGUGGUUGUUUCUAUAAAAACGGAUACCUGGCUGCUGGAGAUUUCAGCACUCAAGCGGACUGCAGUAAAAUUGAAUGUCAGGGUAAAAAUGUGACAAGACAAUUACCUGCAGAACUCAGCAGUAAUGAAGAAUGUGCAAUGGUGGACGGUUUGACAGUCGUUCGAUGCGAAAAGGGUUAUAUCAAGGAUGAGAACAACCAAUGUAUACACAUUGAUGAAUGUGAUUACGCAGUCAGCAACUGUGAUGCCAACUCUGAAUGCGUAAAUGCGCCAGGUACCUACCAGUGUGAAUGCUGCGCCGGUUUUACAAAGGACAAGAGUGGUGCGUGCCAACGUGAUGAAGCUGUUGGACAAAUAACCAAGAAAUGCUGUGCGUGCCAUGGGAAGAAGUGCAAAGAAUAUGGAGUGGUGUGUGGUACAGAUGGGAAGACAUACCCCAGCUACAAGUCGCUAUACGUUGCUGCAUGCCGGGCUAACAAUGACCAACUGACAGUCAACUACAAAGGCUCCUGCAAGGAUAAGUGCCUUGAGGUGACAUGCAGCAAACAGUAUGCAGUCUGCACGGAAGUUGCCGGUAUACCUCAGUGUAAAUGUCCGGCCUGCAGGAACUCCACAUACAAAAGACGGUCCGAGAUGGUUUGUGCCUCAAACAGAGUCACUUACAGCACAAGAUGUCACAUGGAGGCGGCCACCUGUAAGGCUGAUAUAGAGACCACGGUCAAGGUUGAAUCUGUAGGCAAACCGUGCCUGCCUCCGCCAAAAACACAGGAGACAUCGUGGGGCGCCUGGUCAGCGUGUAGUGAGAGGUGCAAGCCGGGAAAUAAAACCCGCUCCAGAACUGGCUAUAGCAACAUCACCCAAUCCUAUGUACAGGAAACACAGUCUGAAACUUGCUACGGUACUUGUACGAAAGGACCAUGCUACCCCAGGCUAUGUCGAGGACCGGGUCAGGUCUGUGUUGUAACCACAGACAACACGGCCUCCUGUCAGUGCCCAGCAUGUGAGAACAGCAAGCAAGAGUUUGUUUGUGGCCACGAAUGUCUUUUGCAAAAAAUGGCUUGUGAGGAAUCUCAGCCGCUCUACAAGGUCCUAGAGAGGAGGGCCUGUGAAACGCGACCAGUGGACUGUGAUGUCGUGAGGAACUUUCAGGUAUACCAGGAUGACAAUGGCUGUCAGUCGUCAGGGGAGGUUAAUCUAGGCAAAUGUGAUGGUGGUUGUGAGAAUGUCAAGGAUCAGUGCUGCAUUGCUACAGAGUUUGCCAAACAGAUUGUUACUCUGGUUUGUCCUAAAGGUGUUGCAGUAGACAAAGAAUUGGUUUCACACUGUGAUUGUUGUAGAUUUCAAUCCACCUAUUGCUUGGCCUUGAAAACUACUGAGAGUUAUAUAAAUAAUCAUCUGCAUCAGAUAUACAAAUUAUAA